AUACCCUGAGGAGAAAAACCCAACAGCCUUUUUUUGCAUCUGUAUCUUCUCUGAACAUUUCAUUAUCCAGGCUUCUCCAUGAAGGGAACUCAGAAAUGAAUGAAACAUAAAUAAAUAAAAACACCGACAACAACUAAAAACCACGAGAACUUGUGCCGCAUGUGAGGACUUCUUCUCCUUCUUCUUCAUCAUCACCUUCUACAUCAUCCUCUUCUUCUGUGGGCGCCCCCCUUUAUUUUGUUUUUGUUUUUUGUUUUUCUUUUGCUCCUCACCGUUGACAUACUAGAUGGUUCGCCCGCAAAGUCCAGCGCGCCAUGAACGCUCAGCUGUCGAUGGAGAACAUGGGCGACCUGAGCCAUGAUCCGGACCUGCUGCCGGGCGAGCGGACCCACCGUGGGGGGGCCCGCCCCCUGGUCAUGGAGGGCGGCGACUUCCACCACCAACAGCACCAACAUCAACAUCCACACCAACACCACAGCCAGCAGAAUCAAGCUCAGCAGCAGCAAGGGCUGGCCAGCCACCUUCACGCUGCCAUGACCAUGGCUUGUGAGGCUCCUCCUGGGAUGAGCAUGAGCAGCACCUACACCACCCUCACCCCCCUGCAGCCCUUACCCCCCAUCUCCACCGUCUCGGACAAGUUUCCUCACCACCAUCACCACCACCACCACCACCAUCACCACCACCCUCCUCCGCCGCCUCCCCCUCACCCGCACCAGCGGAUCCCGGGCAACGUCAGCGGGAGCUUCACCCUGAUGCGGGACGACCGGGCUUUGGCCUCCAUGAACAACCUCUACGCGCCAUACCACAAGGAUGUUGGCAUGGGCCAGAGCUUGUCUCCUCUGGCCGGUUCCGGGCUCAGUGGGCUCCACAGUGCCCAGCAGGGCCUUCCGCCUCCACCGUAUGCCCACCCUGGCGCCGACAAGAUGCUGGCGCCCAAUGGCUUCGAGGCGGCUCACCAUCCCGCCGUGCUGGCCAGGCAUGGAGACCAGCACGUCAGCCCGUCGGCGGCUGUGGCAGCGGCUGGCAUGGUCCAGCUCAACGGGCUCCACCACCACCAUCACCCACAUCAUCACCCCCACCACCCUCAUGCCCACCUGGGCGCCCCAGGACACACCUCCGCCCUCGGGUCCACCCGGGAGCCCCUUGGUGGGGCGCAGGUGGGCUCUGCCGGAGCUCCGGGCACCCCAGGACCGGUGGAGGAGGUGAACACCAAAGAAGUGGCGCAGAGGAUCACCACAGAGCUGAAGCGCUACAGCAUCCCGCAGGCCAUCUUCGCCCAGAGGGUGCUGUGCCGAUCCCAGGGGACCCUGUCUGACCUGCUCCGCAACCCAAAGCCCUGGAGCAAGCUCAAGUCGGGCCGCGAGACCUUCCGCAGGAUGUGGAAGUGGCUCCAGGAGCCUGAGUUCCAGAGGAUGUCUGCGCUGCGCCUCGCAGGUGAGCCAGCAAUAGCGUGCAAACGGAAGGAGCAGGAGCAGGGCAAAGGUGAGCGCGGGAGCGUGUCGAAGAAGCCCCGGCUGGUCUUCACUGACGUCCAGCGACGGACUUUACAUGCAAUAUUCAAAGAGAACAAGCGCCCGUCCAAAGAGUUACAAAUCACUAUCUCUCAGCAGCUGGGCCUGGAGCUCGCCACCGUCAGCAACUUCUUCAUGAACGCGCGCCGGCGGAGCCUCGAUAAGUGGCUGGAUGACGGCAGCUCCAACUCCGCCAACUCCUCCUCCAGCACUUGUACCAAAGCGUGACGGAGUUACCGGCUGCAGACUGACUAUAAAACCUUCGGUGGAAAAGCUUUAAAACUUAAGAACCAGAGACCUUCUGGACAGAGUUUUUUUGUUUCGUUUCGUUUCGUUUUGUUUUUUGCCCUUAAAACUUGUACAGUACUGAUAUUUAUAAUAUCCAAAGAAAACAAACAAACCAAAGACUUCUUUGACGCGUAUUUAAGACUUCGUUUAUGUCUGACAUACUGCAAAAAAACAGAAAAAAACAACCAAAAAAAAAAGAAAAAAAAAAGAAGUGUUACUCUCAAAUCAUUGGUCGUACACGCGCCCCUAUUUCACGCUCAUCCUCCUUCGAUGUGAUUGGUUGCUGUCACGGACCUUCUCCUCAUCACUGACUGGACGCUGAGUCCACCUGAGAGUGACUUUGUUUUUGUUCUUUUUUGUUCGUCUCGAUGUGCGAAUUCAGGCGUGUGACGUCACGUGAAUCUAAGCACUGUUGUCCGAAGGGGCGGCCCACGUAGACAGGCACAGGUGUGAUGAAGUCACACGUGCACACCUGUGCGUGCUUCGAACCCCUACGACACUCCCCCACCCCCCAACCCCAACGCAAAAACAUCUCUGUGGGGCUCGUGAACAUGAAGCUGUAGCAUCUGUAGCAAGGUUUUUCCCCACGCUCCUUGUAGUGCUUUCUUCCUAACUGUCAGGAAAGUAGGAACCAAUUCCACAUUUGUGCUUGUGUUCAUCAUCUUUCACUCUGCAAUCAUAUGAGAUAUGUAACCAAAGAAAACCCUUAUGGGCCAAAUUAUACAUGUCCUCCAAGCCUUCUAUGGAAGUGGCCUAAUCGUCAAGCUCAGACAGACUAAAUCUUGAGUCUGUUGGAUUGUAAUCAGUAUCUAAUCCAAAAUAACACACGCCUACCUGCUUAUAGAGUACAAAAGCACUUGAGAAACAAGUAUCCAAAACCUUUGUCAUUGAUGUAGCGCACCUGUCGUGGUGUGAUACAUUCAGGGAAGACUUUGCUAGCUUUAACACGCUUUGUAUCAUAAAUAUAUUUAAUGCCAGCAGCUAAACGCCAAAGAUUUAAACCUCACAGGGCCAAUCAUAAUACCCACAGCCCUGGAGGGACAUUAUUUCACUGGACUGCAAAGGAUUAAUCAAACCGACAAGCAGGGACAGACAGCUGAUUGUAAGUGGGCAGUUACGCCUUGGACUGACACUAGAGGGAGCCACAUCUCACAAGACUACAGCAUCUGAAUUUAUUACAAUACAAUAUCUGCUUUCCUUGAUUUUUAAUCAUCUCUUGCCUUCAUUAAAUAUAUUGGUAAACUAGCAAUUUAGGCCAAAUCAAAGAAAGACGAUUUUCACUCAGCUAUACGAAUGUGGCCUAUAUGUAACCUAUAUGUGUAGUCAGUGGCAUAACUGUUGGUGGUAUAUGUCGGGCAGUCGCACUGGGGACUGUUGCCAGGAUCGUUUUUAGCUAUAAGCAGUAUAAACAGUUGCUUAAGGCCCCUAAGCCACAUAUAUAAGCCAAAUAUAUUUCGGUAAUAUUACACAUCAACAAUUGCAGUAAGUACAAAACAUUCCAUAUGUCGCUCUUUUAUACACAUUAAUAAAGUAGUCAUUCUUGCAAACUGAUGUGAUUUGGGUGGGUGAGAUGAUCUAGAUGUCACAUAGGGCCCUGAAAUAGCGAUUGUGCCCCCAGUGUCUUCAUUCAACCCCUUUUAUUACUAAAUAUGCCACGACUCAUUGCUAGCUGGGAUCCCUUAUUAACAUACGUCGACUGUUGCCUACAUGGGAACACCAACAUAGCAAAAGUGAGUAGACAAGCUUUUUUAUUCAUUUAAGAUCAUUUUUGUAGGGCUGGCCCAUUCAUUUUUUUGACCGUACUGCCACUCUAUGUAGUCUGGUUCAAAUGUUUUUGAACUUGUCCUGCUCUACAACAGUCAGCCCUUUCCCAUCUAAAGGCCAGUCCAAAAAAACAAAAAAAAGACAAAUGUACAGAUUCCUAAAUAUGUUUCUCUUGUAAAUCCACUGAAACUUUCCAUCAAUUCUUGGCAGAUGUAUUCACUUAUUCCAUACCAAAGUUUUUCAACAUUGCUCACUUUCGAUAGUUAAAGUGGUGUCAGAAGUGGGCUGUACCAUUACACAAUACAGCAUUUCAUUCAAAGCUACAAUGACGGGAAGAAUGAAGAAUGCAUGUGGCUUCAGGCUGGCCAAGUGAAGGGAAAACUGAAAAACUAGAUUCUAUGCAUUAUAUAGUUUGGAAGAAAGCACUACGACCUUCGUGGUUUCUCAUCAAGAGUGGUGCAUUUGGUCUGGAGAAGCCCAGUCAGUGGGUGCCACUCCAACCGUCACAAGAUUUCUGGCCUUGUUGUCUCUUGUGGUGUGGUUAGCUUUACAAAAAGUGAAAAAAGAAGUAUAUUCGGUAACUAUUUAUGAGUAUUACAUUGACGAAGCAAAGAGAAGAGAAUGCUGCUUCUUCCUCACGUAAAAAAGGCGAAGAAAAAAGACAAAAAAGACAAAAAAAGACAAAACGUGUGUUAAGACCUACUGAUAUUUAUAGUGCGAACCAAAGAUGCUACCUCACUCAGUUUCCAUUGGUGAUUUCUAUCACGUUAAUGAUACCAAAGAAUACCAAAGAUGUUUUCUCUCUUUUUGCACGGCCUAUAUGAAUGAAGUGGUGGAUAAAUAGAUGGUGUGAUGACUCCCUUCCCCAACCCACCCUCUUCCCUCCCUUCAUCCUCCCCAUCGCUCAGCGUGGUCCCAUUCUCAUCCGUGCUCGUGUGACAGCGCCCUCUGCAGACACGCCGCAGACUUUGUUGAACUCACAGGACGAGUGCCUUGCUUGAACCAAAGUGUUAAACCGCUGUUGACCUCUCUACUUUCACCUUGUACUUCUUGGAAUACCUCAGCCUCUAGAAGGGCCACCGACGAAGAUUUAAAAACGGAGUUAUUCUCUCUCACCGUGGUGCUUUCGCCAGUGCAGCCAUGCAAUGAAAACAUACCAAAGGAAUUGUUUCUUUUUCCACCUCUUUUUGCUGAUAAACCAAAGCUCCUCCCUCUUUUCCCCCCACCCCUCUACAUUAAGCCCCUUCCCCAAACACACAAUCUACCACUAGCCCCGCCCCCUUCGUUGUUCACAUCACCUUGGUAGGCGUGUCCACCGUUUUUUGGGCCGUGUAUGUCUUUUACCAAUGUCUCUGAAUACCUCAUAGUAAUAAAUUCUUACAGUUCUGUUGUAUAGAGAGUCUAUGUGAUUGAGGCAGAACUUAGUUUGGUAAUUGUUGACGUUACUUCAAAAAAAAGUAUUUAUUUUGAAGGUUUUGGCUUAAGUGUUUGUUUUUUUGGGGGUUUUUUUGUCACCAAAGGCAAGUUUCUUCAAGAUUGUGAGUUUGGAAACUUGCAGAGAGGGAAAAAAAAUUACAGAAGCGUAUUUUUUAUUACGACGUUGUGUUAUUCCGAUGCGAUAAGGAUGGUAGACUAUUCUUUUUUUACAGGGUAAAACCAACUGCUGUGAUGCUGUGUUUCUAUUUUUCUCUUUUCUCUGUUUCUGUGUUUGUGAUUUCCUUUAAUUUAAUUGAGUUUUGUAUUGCUUAAUUUAUGUAUUUGUAGAAAAUAUAGAUUUGUAUAUAGUAGGUUUUUUGAGAAAAAAAGAAGAAAAAGAAAAACAAACAAGACCAAAAAAAGAAACAAAACAAAAAACAGGACGUUCCGUUUUUAUGUUGCGGCCUUCCGUUGGAAGUUGGAAGUUGGAAGCGCAGACAUGCCAGAGGUGUGUGUCAUUGGGAAUUCUCUCGCUCCGUGUCUCGGCUGGCACUCCGUUUUGUGUCAUAAACACUGCCAGACGUGGCGACGCCUCUUGCGCUGCCCCGCGGAAACACAAACACAUACUUCCGGAGAGUGUUCACUCCACAGACUAACCAAAAAACAGGAGCGUAUGGUGGUUUCGGGUUUCUUUCCAAGUUCAUAUGUCCUUUUCUGUUUGUCUUAAACCAGCAUCUCUCAGUCUUCGUCUUGGAGUAGCACAGUGUCGUAUUUUGUUAUAUUUUAGUGUCAUGCUAAUGAGCUGAAGAGUUGAAUCAGGUCCGUUGAAGCAGGAAAAACACUGAGGCCAGAAACAAAUUUCAGACUUUACAGUCCAGCUGUACAAACUCAACCUGCAAUACUGUGCCGGUUCCACAAGGGCGAGACAAACCAGAGUCUGUAAACAAGGAUCUACUGUCAUUCCAAUAGCCACAACAACUAAAAUUGUUGACAGUAGAGAAUUAUGUGCUGCUCUUUAUCUUUACUUGCUCUGUUGUUAGAGGCGAUGAUGCUUCGUACCUCUAAAAUAGUUAAAAAUAUCUUCCUAACUAUAAAAGGAAGUCAAUGGAAUUUUUUUCCUAAUAUAUUUGUAUCGUUUCUAUUGGCUCGUUCCUCACGAUACAUUAACACAAUAUAAAGACCAAAUUUUUUAAUUAUGUUAAAUCAAAAACGUACAAGGUUUUGUCUCAGUGACGACCGAUAUGUUUGCACAAGAAAACCACUUCUUUAUGAGAAACUGGUGGUCAGCCACGGUGGUAGUCUCACUUGGCCAGACGUGAUCACAUCUGAGGACAACCAACCAAGACAAAUUUUGGGCUAGAUGUUGGUGGGAACAUAGACAUAUUGGCACGAGAACAAACCAAGCAUGAAAUUUCGAAACUGAUCUAACGAGAGCUGAAAGUAGGAGGCGACCAUCAACAUUGUCCCAGCAUGUUGACUGCAAGCUAGUGUGGCUACAAGGGCCCCCAAAUUAACAUCACGGUUCCAUCAAACCAGACUAUACUUCUGCUUUUGAAGAUUUCAUGACAAACAAAGUUAACAAAGCUAAGAAUGGUGGCUUGAUGAGUGUUUUAAGGGGGCUUCGGACCUGUUCCAUGUAAAGGAUUAUUAUAGAAACAACUGGCAGCUAUGUUCAGGUUUGUGUUCGAGCUAAACGAUUGUACUUUUCCCAUUACAAGAACACAGACUUCCACCAACGAUGUUUGAGGUGGCACUAGCAUUGAGUUGCAUAGUUUAAAGCUGCCUUCUUGCGCGGGAUAGUGGUACCUCAAGACGAAGACUGACCACUGCUGAUCUGACUGGUUGUUUUAUGGACAUUACUGCACAUCCAAAGAUUUACAAACCAAAACGUUGUGUAAAGUGUGAGACAAAAGCACUGGCAUCUGUGAGGCAGGCUUGAACUGAGUUCCUUCGCCAUUGGCACGGGUAUAGGAAGGUAGAAGGUGUACUUAGGACUUUGUAGAAGCAUUCUUUGGGGGGAUCUACUGGUGAACUUGUACAAUCUGAGGCUUGUGUAUAGCCUUGCACACUUUGCUAUGUCUUACAUACGUGAGAUGGGACGGGGCAGCAGGCCUGCCGGGGCAGGAGCCACAUCACCGGGUACGUUUUUUUUUUUUUCUGAUGGAUGCGGAGAUCUGGAUCUGAUCAGUGGUGUUGCGGCAAAUGAGAACCCUGCAAAAAUCUUGCCAAACAAUCGGUGAAUCUUGAUUAGCUCCCUGCUGGAGAGUACUUGAGUAUUUCCUUUCCUAGAUGUAGGUAGUAAGUAUACAUUCUGACAUCCGGUUCUGUUUCUUGAAACGUUCUCAGACGUGCACAUGGCAGGUUGGCUUGUUUUAGACGUAUAAGCCCUGAGAAAUCUUUAUAUUCAGCUCUGAAGAUGAACACUAGGGCGGUCGACUCAGGAGUCUAACGCAGGCACAUCUUCAGCAGUACGUUUGGUCUUACAAUCACAUCUGCCGGCAGUUUAGAUGAAGUUUAUUUUCAGCUUUUGUUUCAUUUUAGUCCCAAACAAGGUACAGAAAGUACAAUCUGAAAAAGUACCUUGUUUGAAGCACCCACCUCUGUUAUGUCAGGAAGUUCCUCCAAAGUUCUCUCCAAAGAUCCUGCAAAGUUCAUCCAUGAAGCAAAACCUGGAAGUCUCCAAAACACCAAGCAUCUGAAAAAAAAAAACAGAUCUGGAGCAGAUGUGGCCAAUUAAGUUUGGAACCAGCUGGAUUGGUGGGUUGGCGACUACUGACUUGAC